GGACGAGUGAGCACAAAUCAGCUAGUGAUCGCAAUUUUCGGCUUAAUUUUCGGUCGCAGGGCAUUGUCAGAACAAAAGAUUGAAUUGCAGUGAGAGACAAAUGUCAGCUGACUCAAAUCCAGGGUCAUCUGACCAGAACAACGGCGAUAAAGGUAGAAGGUUACGUCGUCCAUUACCUGCUACACAGGAAAGAUUGAGGAAAGGAGAGUUUGAUACAGAACAAGAUAAUCCUGCAGUCAUGAAGUCAAAGCUAUCAGCAAAUGCCGCAGAAUUUAUUCCAAAGUUUAGCAUGGUUUACCCAGAUCCAGUUGAAACACAGGAUGCACUAUAUCAAGACUUCCAGCGGCUAGUGAGUGUCCGCCCUACUCACCUGGGUGCAGGAACCACCACCGGUUCUCAGGAAAGUGCAGCUGAGGUGUUCAAGGAUGCUGUAUUCAGACUGACAUCGAAUCCUGGGCCAAUGGAAGAGCUCCUGAAGAGAGUGGUGGACCUGCUCAAUAUGGGCGUGACUGAUCUGGCUGUGAUAAAUGAUAUAAUUGAAACUCUACUAGAGCAAAGCAUAUCAGAAGCCAAUUUUCGAUUCACUGGGGCCAAAAUCUGCAAAUACCUUACAAAUGCAUUGAAAAUGCAUCCUGUGUUUAGCAGUUUUAGAUCUAUGUUCCUUCAAAGAUGUAAGUUGGAGUUUGACAAGAGAGAGCAGCUUCUGUCUCAGGAUGUUCAGCGACUCUGUGGUCUUGCCAUGUUCUUUGGGGAGCUUUUCCUAACUCUCGAGAUAGAAAGGGAUGGUCUGAUAACUCGUGUUGGCAUAUUACGCGAGGCCAUCAGUGAUCUCCUUCGAACCCUUUUAUCACAGCCGGAUGACGUCACUGUGAAGUGUGGCACACAGCUGCUUAAGCUUACAGGGACUGCCAUUAUGGAGACAACAGAUCUAAAAGGAAACUUUGAUGACAUUUUCGUCAAGAUCAAAUCACUCGAAAAACACCCACAAUUAAACAAAACAAGUCACUGCCUGAUCAACUCAGUCUUGAGUAGGCUGGAAUACAACUUUGGUGUGGAUCAAGCCCCUUCCCCCCAGAAACCUCAACAUUCCCCCCACCCUUCCAGCAACUCUAGCUUUAAUAAUGAGCCAAUAUUUUACAACAGUGAAGGCCAGCCAAUUAGCCGAGAGGAGGCAGGGUUUUCCGCGGAUGAUAGCGACUUUAUCGGCAUGAGUCGUGAAGAACAAGAAGCCUAUUUACAGUGGGAGGCAGAAACUUUUCAACAGCAGUUUGAGUCAGCUGACAUGGGUGGUGAUGGUCAGUUUGGUGGUCAGCAGUGGUCAUCAGGCAUGUCAGACUACACCCAGUGGUCAACUGACCAGGACCCAGGAUAUGGCGGAUACAAUGAUGGCCAGUACUACCCGGAUGUUGGCAAUGAAAUGGAUGAUGAAAUGGCAGCAGCGUACGAGAUGUUCCUGAAAGAAUCUGGCCAAAGCAGACACUGAGACGGCAAUCAAAUAAAAGUGUGAAAAUAGUCAUAAGUCAUACAUGUUGUGAUGGUGGUGGUUAAAGGUAUUCAAUGUGUUGAAUCUCGAAGUUGGACUUGAGACCGGUGUACAGUUUUAAAGUGUGAGUUUUAAAAUUGAUGAUGGUAAAAGAAUGUGAUUGAAUAAUGAAUUGAAUACAUGUUAGUUGGGUAAUGAAAUAUGAAGUUACAUGUGAAAGAAUGAUGAAGGAAUGACAAAAGAAUGAGUAGUUACCAGGACUUGUGAGUGUUUCGUACACCUUUAGGCGCAAGUUGGUCAAAAAGUUCCCCAAAGAAUAUAGUCGUACUAAGCAGAUAUGUUUAUGUACGGUAAAGUUUCAUUCAUACUGACAAUGAAUGAAAUUAAAUGAAAAAUCACAUUUUACAGAUGUACUUUGUUUUCUAUUGUGUAAUUCAAAGUUUUUAGAACCAGGCUUUUUUGUUGAUAAUUGUUUCAAUUUUUUCAAUUAAAUUUAAUCAAAGUCAAAAUUAGCCUCAGUUUAGACUAGAGAAAUGUCAAAAAAAUGAAAUACCUUCAAGUAUGACUGACCAAUUGUCCUAAGACUUUCAUGAUAUUUUGACCAUUUGACAUCUUUAUAGUGCAAUUUUAUUGAAAACUGUUCAUCUUUUUUUUUUUUAUCAAUAUUUUGGCUUUGUAUGAAAAUCUGUAACUGCCUACCAAACAGAGUUUUUGCUGAAAAAUCAAAAUUCCAUGAAAAACUCAAGUGUCAGCGUCCAGAUAUUUUGUUUAUAUAUAUUUCAAAAGUUGAAUGAAAUAUUUCUUUCAGAUUACCAUUAAAAUAUUAUAUAAUAAUGAGAAAUUCAGAAAAACCUUGGUUCUACCGUAGAAUGUAGAAAGUAAUUCAGGAACUUUUUGACUGGCUUUCAUACACUGAGAUAGAUGUUGACUGAUUCAGCCUUUCGGGUUAAGCAAUGUGUAUUUAGCAUGUACAUGUACAUUGUAUGUACAUGUAGCUGUUGUUACGGCAAGUAAGAUGAGCAUAUCAUGUUUUGAGAGCUUUUCAGCGUAAAAUGGCUUAAAUAACUCUUAAAGAAAAUAAGGGUUUGGUAGUUCAUGGCAAUGGUGAGUUGGACUUGUUAAAAUGUAUAUAGCAGACACAUAUUAAAGAGCUUUAAGUAAAGAGCUUAAAAACAGAAGCUCUUCAGAGCUUUUAAACUGAUUUAUGGUGAAAGAGUUUAUGAACAGAAGCUUGCAGAGCUUUUUAACUAACUAACUAGUGCUACAACUAUUUUGUGCUGUGUGUAAAUAUGUGCAUUGUUUCACUGUGAUUUGUAUGAUAAGUAAUAAAGCUUUUGUGCCAAUGUGUGUAGUAUAAAUUGUAUGAAAAAUUUAUGGACAAGUCGAAAAUGAGUAUUCAUCAAGUUGUGUAAUCUGUACAGUUUUGAGGUGUUCAAAGAUACUGAUAAUCUGAAAUACAUUUUGUAAAGAGUUUGUAAGACAAUACUUUUUUUUUUGGGUCAAAUGCAGUCUGGUAUGUUAGUGGAUUCUUUCAUUUAAUAUGUCUGUGACUUCGUAAGAAAAAUCAGCAUUGUCUCCAAUUCCUGACUUACAUUCCAAAAAAAUGAAGAGAAAAAAAAUGUUGAAAAACUAAAUGGCAAUGCAUGAUAAUUAAUUACCCCAAAUAAUGCAUGGUAGUUUGUUACCCAAAAUAAUGCAUGGUAGUUUAAUACCCGAAAUAAUGCAUGAUAGUUUAAUACUUAAAGUUAAUGCAAUGAUCAUUUAAUAACAGCAAUGUAAAAGAAAUCUACUUUAAAUGGAUAAAUUAAUGUAUACAUACUUAUGCUACUUUAUAUUGUAUAGUUUCAUAUACAUAUUCAGUGGUUGAAAUUAGGGCUUUUCCAGUUAAAACAUAUCACCCACGGGGGGAAGCCAAUUAUUUAAAUAGUAUAUGGGUGGGUGUCUUUUGGCUAAUUUGGACCCCGAAAGGGUAAAUUUGCUUCUGUAGGGGGGGUGGUAUAUUUUUAAAUGGAAUACACAUAUGUAACCUCAUUAACUAAUGGAACGUAAUUUCAUUGAUAACAUCAUUCAAGAGAAACCUGAAAUGUUCUAUGAAAUGUUUUUAAACUGUUUAAGUGCAAUCCUGUAAAUAAAAUUGUGUAUAUACUGUACUGGUACUUUCAUUGUAACAUAAUACAUUUUGUAUAUCUGCUUACAAAAAUUUGUACUAGCGGUAAGAAUCAUGUUAUCAGUUUUAAAUUUUGUAGACCAAUGGUAUAAGUGACAAAAAAAGUUAUUACAAAAAGAAUAACAGAUAUUGCUUGCAUGCAUAGUUUAUAUUGUUUUUAAAUUUUGUCAAUACCCGUCUUAUCACCAAAAAAAUACCUCUUAAUAUUCUGAAGAUAACUUCAUUAUGUUUUGCAUUGAAUCUAUUUAGAUUUGAAAUUGGAAAAAAAUAAUAUAAUACCACUUUUAAAUAAGAAGAAAACAAAAUCACAAAUUUUGCUGCACACAAAAGAUGCUUAAAAUUUCAGCAAUUUUGAGAUAAGCUUUAGGAUUAUAUAAGACCUUAGAUUAACGACAUGAGUAGCAAUAGUUGUCGGUUUCAAGGCAACACAGAUACCAAGUUGAAAUAAUUUCCAAAUAUUUCAGUCAAUAGUUAUAUUAUGAUUCUUCCAGAAACUGUGUUUUUUUUCUUGAAUAAAGAGAAUACCUUUUA